AUGCCUUCCAAAAUCCUCGAUCGUUUCCGACUUGCGGCUCGACGAGCUGCUCAGAAAUCUACCCAAGAUGGCCCUGCAGACACUGCUUAUGACGCGAGUCAUUACUUCAUAGAUGAUGUAGCGGACCCCUGGAAGGAGCAUGAUGCCUUGGAACGAGAACGCUUAUCUCAACACGCUUCUCUCCGGGAGUUGGUCUCCAGGGGUGAGUGCUCUCAGCUCAAACAGAAGCUAAACGCCCUCGGCAGUGCAGCCGGUCUCAUAGCCAACCUGACUCCUGGUGGUGCGAACACAUUGUUAUACGUGGCAUCAGAAGCAGGUCUGACUCCAGCAGUAGCUGCCUUGCUGGAGAAAGGUGCUGAUGGCCGUGCCCAUCCCGUGACUAAGUACUGUCCUCUGUACAUCGCAUGCUAUCAUGGGCAUGUGGAAAUAGUGAAGCUGCUGUUGUCUGCUUUCCCUGAAGCGGUUCAGAAAUAUGAGCUGAUUUUUUUUUACUAUCAUCCUUCCAGCAAGAGACGGUGGAAAAAAUGGCUGCCUCUUCACGCUGCAUGUAUUGGAGGUCACGCAGCGAUAGUGACUCUCCUACUGGAGUAUCCAUACCCCGAAAGUGUUCUCAAUACUUAUACGGACCCAUCAGGUGAAUGGCAGUACGCAGCAGCGUUUGACGUCAACGCGCGAGAUGUCAGCGGUCAGACGGCGCUGUACGUGUCGUGCACACUCGGAAACGUAGCGCUGGUAGAUGCGCUGCUGUCGCACGAAGUGCAGGCCACGCCCACACCACGACAUGCCCAAGCGCAGGAGGAAGAAAAUGGUGCCGCUGCUCAAGUACUCAGUCCACAACGCAGUGGCAUUUCGCUUGGUAUACAUGCUAUUGUCAGCAAAUUGACGGGGUCUUCUUCUAAUAAUGAUCGUUGGUCCGGCACAAAACGUAUCUGUCCGGUUAUUGUAGAAGCCGGACGUGGAGGAGAUUCUUGUGUAUCUUGUGCAGUGAGGGGGGGACAUGCUGGCCUAUUAAAGAGACUGCUCGCUGCUGGCGCUGAUGCCAAUGCUGCUGCUAUACCACCGGGUGAUACGGUGGGUCAUGAUGGCAGUAGAGACCGUCGGAGGUCUCGCAGCGCAUCUGCCGCUCUAGGAGGUCCAAGAGGGACCACGGCGCCCUCUCCUGCCAGGUCUAACUAUAGCGCUGAUAGAGAUACACCUUGGACAGCAUUAGCAAUAGCAGCUCGUGCCAAGAACGUGCAAAUAGCAGAGUUACUGCUGCAGCACGGAGCCUCUGACCCUAACUGCAGAGCCAUCAGGGAGUGUGCCAAGCACUCUCUCACUGAUCUCCUCGCUAAGUUGCUGGCUACGAAGGCGUAUCCAGACCCAGACUAUAAGUUGAACAAGUCUACAAUAUCGGAGACGGUAUUCAACGAGCGGGACGGCGAUAGUGCACUCACAUACAGCUCUCUCUGUCCCACAACACCCGUGAUGGUGAACUGGCGGGAACUGCGCGCACAAAUAUCACAGCUAAAGAUGUCUUGGCUGAGGCUGGCGGCCCUUCGUGUGAACUCACGUCUUGGAGGGGCGGGGAGUGCGGGAGCCAGCCAUGCCCUCCACGCCCUCACUCGUCUCGACGUGUCCAACAACGAACUGCGUCUGCUACCUCCGGAACUAUUCACCAUGCUGAGUCUCAGAUACCUAAAUGCAGCUCAAAAUAAGUUGGAACGAUUACCCACCAAUGAAGACCAAUUCGAAGAAGAACUAGAGACUAAGAGAAGACGCAAAAAGAGACCACGACCAGAGCUAUACACGGCACCUGUUUUACAAGAGGUUUACCUGCAGGACAAUCGCCUAGAAGAGCUCCCAUCAGCAUUGUUCCGUCUCCCGUCUCUGUCUACUUUGGACGUGUCUAAUAACAAGCUCCGAGUGCUACCAGCCGCCUUGUGGAGGGCCCCGGCGCUCAGGGACCUCAGUGCGGCCCUCAACCAUCUCAGAGACCUGCCUACUGGAGUAGAGGGCCAAUCGGAAUGUUCCAGCCCGCUGCAGCUGGCAUCACCCACCGACACAUCACCGCAGAUGAGCGCAUCUCCUUCCAUCAAUAGCGCGCAGUUCGCUAUCGGUAAUCAGUCUAAGUCUUCUUCCCGGAGCCCGUCAAUAGAGAGAAGUGAGUCGGAUACCUUGGACGAUGAUGACGACAAUGUGAUCCCGGUGCUGGGUAAUAGAGCUGGGAAUGCUGUCUGGUCCGAAGCCCGCCGCGCCCAUACUUGGAGGGGUAUAGUAGAGGGUGCCAUCGACACCCCAACACGUGGCGGCUCGUGCUUGGUGGCGCUGAACCUGGCCCACAACCAAUUCACCUGCGUACCACAGGCCCUGGCCUGCAAUGCACCGAAUCUCACCAGACUCAACAUGGCUUAUAACUCGCUAAGGUCCAUGUCUUACGUGACCUCAUAUCCGACCAGUCUUCGACAGCUGGACCUGAGUCACAAUGAAAUUACUUGCUGGCCCAGUUUACCCCAGGUGGAAAACUUCGGCUCCACUGAAGGUGAUCCUCUGGCCUGCUACUGUCCCAACCCCUCGAACAACAGCACGCGCUCUCGCCCAAGAUCUGGAGGGUCAGUGCGGUCGCAGCUGCUCAGCGCCGCCUGCCCCGCCAGGAGACACCUGCGCCUUGAGGGACUCAGGACUCUGAUCCUGGCAAACAACUUGCUCACGCGCAUCCAGUUGACGACAGAUGAUGAUGGGUACGUCUCAGCAGCACAGCACGAGGAUUCCACAACUGACGAGGACGAUGAAUGGAACACCGGCUCUACCCUUAAGGGUCGGCUGCUGUUCCCUUUGCUGUCGAUGCUGGACGUCUCCUGCAACCUGCUGAAGACUAUCCCUCCAGCCAUACACGAGCUCAACAAUCUAUCUGUUCUCAACAUCAGCGGGAAUAAAGAUAUAACGGAACUCCCGCCUCAAAUGGGUCUUCUCUCCCGUCUGUGGAACCUCAACACAGUGGGGUGCUCCCUCCAGGAGCCUCUGAGGUCGAUGCUGGCGUGUGGCCGGUACAAGAGCAUGGACAUCGUGGGAUACUUGAAGAGUGUACUCCAGGAAGCCAGACCUUAUGCGAGGAUGAAGCUCAUGCUUGUUGGACUCCAGGGCAUAGGAAAGACCAGUUUGUUGGAAUGCCUGAGACAGGAGUCAGCCAUUCAGCAUCGAAGGAAACCGACAGAGCACUGGGCAAAACGCAUGGGCAACAAGUCUUCGCGGCGUGGUAACGUAUCUACGGUGGGAGUAGACAUCGGCACCUGGGUGUAUGAGAAGAACCGGUCCACUAGAGGGCCCGUAACCUUCAGGACCUGGGAUUUUGGUGGCCAGCAGGAGUAUUACGCCACCCAUCAGUACUUCCUCUCCCGCCGUUCUCUGUACCUCGUCGUGUGGAGAGUCACAGAUGGGAGGAAGGGUCUCGCCGGAGCACUCAACUGGUUGAGGUCUAUACAAGCUCGCGCCCCGGGCUCGCCCGUCAUAAUGGUCGCUACGCAUUACGAUCAAGUCGUCAAUUGUAACCUGCCAGAGAACGAGAGUCCAGAAUGUCUCCAACGGCUCAUCCGCUCCUCAAUAAUGGGGGCUCCUGACGCUGAUAAACUUGGCCUGCCUCGUGUUCUGGACUCUGUUGAGGUGUCGUGCAACACUCGACACAACAUAAGACUCCUCGCUGACAUUAUAUACUCCGUGGCGUUCAGUGUGAAACCUCCAGGUAGCAAGGAGCCACUGCUGGAACAGCGCAUCCCCGCUACUUACUUGGCGCUGGAGGAGUGUGUCAUCUCACUGGCUGCUGAACUAAGGGAACCCGUUCUCAAGCAUGACGAGUACAGGAGACUGGUCACACAGUACAUGCAGCAGAAGAAUCAUCGUAUGUUCAGGGAUGCUGCGGAGCUGCAUCAGGCCACUAUGUUCUUACACGAAAACGGAGUUCUUCUCCACUACGACGACGCCACGUUAAAGGAACUGUACUUCCUAAAACCCCAGUGGUUGUGUGACGUGUUGGCUCAUGUCGUGACAGUCAGGGAGAUCAAUCCGUUCGCUAGCAAUGGCAUUAUGAAGAUCGAAGACCUAGCGCACGUGUUCAAGGCGUCCCCCCUCCUGGCUCGAGGUGACGAAGCCUCCUCCCUCGGAGUGUCACUUCUGAACAAGUUUGAACUAGCGUUGUGCUGGGACUCCAGACUUUUGCUGGUGCCUCCGUUAUUGCCUCACCAUGAACCGCAUGCUCCUCAGCUGCCAGUUCGGUCACGUUCCUGGUCUUCUUCCACCAGGGGUACACCUAGAAGGGCGUGGCCCGGAGUCUUAGCUCCGAUUCCUGAUCACAGAGGCACAGAUUCACCUACUCUUAUACAAGACUCAUCUCCCAAUCUCAGUAUACACGGGCGGUGUGUCGGCCGCCCUCUCAGGAGACUUCUCCUUCUGUCGUACGUGCCGUGUGGCUUCUGGGCUCGUCUGUGCGCCAGGCUCCUGGCUGACAAUCAGCUGGCUGAGUGUGCUGAACCUAAUGCGCUGUACAGGCUACCUCCAGAGCUGGAAUCAGAAGAAGUAUUAUCCAAAGCUCUAGAAUUAACCUGGUGCUGGAAGCUCUGGGAGCUGGGAGCCAGGGUGUGUUGCGGACAGCUGCAACUACUACAGUUGAGGCACCUCCCUCCCAGGAGGGACGCCUUGCUGCCAGGAGCGGAAGAUGAUGAAGUAGAACAUGAAUACCAAAAUGUUAGGUUCCGUGUUCGUCAGGAAGGGGCGUGGUGUGAGCUGGACGUCCAGUCCUCAGCCUGCAUAGAGAUCCUGCUGCCGGCGCAGGUCUGCGUCGUGAGGAGGGAUGACGGCCUUCCCAUAGCUGGCUAUCAGAGCAUAAGUCUGGAACCUAACCCCGAGACCCUGGCGAAGGUGCUAGCUCUGGUGUCCGACCACGUGGAUCUCCUACUUGAAGACUGGUACCCAUCUUUAGGUACUCGUUUCGUCCACACAUCCGAAGGUCGCUGCCUCAUCACCCGCAUUGUACCAUGCCCAGAGUGUCUGCGGAACACAUCACCAACUUCUCCCCCUCAAUCGGACCACGAACAUCUCGCUCAGGUGUUCAGACGAUUGGAUCUUGGUGCAGCGGAACCCCGGAGACUACGGCUGUCUGAGGAGUCUCGCACCUCUGAUGGCGAUAGUGGUGUCGGAGCUGAAUCAAACGCCUCCUCCCGCUUGGGGUCAGUAGAAGGGGUCGCCAACGACCCCACCCCGGCCCCGAAUAUCGCGACAGCGUGGACAGUGGAACAGUGUAUACUGUGUGCGUGCACUGGACAUCGUCUGCAUUGUGGAAGACAUGAUGAGGUGGAACUUCGACAUGUGGCGCCUGACACGUUAUUACUAGAUAUAGAAGAAUCGAAACGUGCUCGUUGGGAGCACAUCACGAGGGGGGCGGUAGCGGGACGAGGGGCUUUCGGCACUGUGCUGUGUGCUCGGUGGACUAGAGGUGGGGGUGGUGGAAGGGCAAGAGGCGCGAGCGAAGCGGGAGAUGUGCACGUGGCUCUUAAGGCCCUGCAGCCCGUACCACCACCUGCCGCUCUGUCCCGUUGGGAACGCGAACCCACAUCCUCAGCCUGCCGAGCGUACUGCGGUCUGCGACAGGAGCUGCACAUCCUGCAGCAGCUGCAGCACCCGCACGUGCUGCCGCUCAUCGCCGUCUGCUGCGCGCCGCUCGCACUGCUACUGGCGCUCGCUCCCAACGGUGCUUUAGACAGCGUUCUACGGUCUUAUCGCGAGUGUGGAGCCCGCUGCGGGCCCCGCCUCGCUCGAGCUCUGGCCUUGCAAGUAGCCAGAGCAUUGGAGUAUCUUCACGCCAGGAGAGUCGUGUACCGUGAUUUGAAGUCAGAGAAUGUGCUGGUGUGGCAGAUGCCCGCUGCCCACGAGGCGGCCGCCGUGGAACUGAGCGCCGCUCCUUUGCAAGUCCACGUCAAACUGGGAGACUACGGUAUCAGUCGACUGGCCCCACCUUCCGGGACGAAAGGGUUCGGUGGUACUGAAGGGUUCAUGGCGCCGGAGAUCAUGCGGUACAACGGAGAAGAGGAAUACAAUGAGAAAGUUGAUUGUUUCUCGUACGGCAUGCUGUUGUAUGAGAUAGUGACGGUCCGCCAACCGUUCGAAGGUCAUGAAGCUGUUAAGGAGGCUGUGCUGGAGGGCGCUAGACCCUCACUCUCACCCAAGGACCUGGAGUACCCGUGCAGCAUGCUGGAGACCAUGCGGCGCUGCUGGGCGGGCGCGCCGGCGCUGCGCCCGUCGGCCGCCGCGCUCGUGUCGGUGGGCGGCGCGCCCGAGUACGCGGCGCUGGCCGACGCCGCCGCCGCCCGCCCCGCCCACGCCGCCGCGCCCGCCCGCCUCGCCGCGCCGCACCACGAUGAGGGUUUCAGCGGCUGGGAGAUUUGGUACGGUGGUGGUGAACCGGAGCGGGCCCACACUCUGCUCACCACGUCUACCGCCUUCACCCACCACCACACCGUCAGAAUACCCCCGGAUAAAACAGAAGCAGUGUUGGUAACUGCCAUAUGCCGCGUUGGCAACAAGAUGUGGUUGGGAGACUCCGCUGGAAGGAUUUCUGUAUACUCAUCAUCAACCUGCGCUCUGAUAUGGACGGUGCGAGUUCAAGAAGCAGUAGGGGGAGCUCCCUCCGGAGUAGCGGCCCUGCAGCCGCUGAACCAGCUACACAGGGUCGCAGUCGCCCUCAGCUGUGGCAGGUUAUUCCUAGUAACUUCACACCGUCCGGAAGCGGAGGGCAGUUUCGUUCUCACCGAACUCGGGACUGCAACUGAACUAUGCUGUCUUACCGCUGUACCUACGCCGCAUGGCUGGGAAGUGUGGGCGGGCGGUGACAGGCUGUACUCCUACUCCAUAAACUCUUCGGGAGUAUGUGGGGCUGACACCAUGGAGGCUGCUCCGAGAGUGACGCUCCUUGCAGCAUCAGACCACGAGCCUUACGUAGCUGUGUACAGCGACCCUGGGGUAUGCGUGUACCAGUGGUCAGUUCGCACUAAGCAACAGUCGGGGCGGUUGGACUGCAGCAAGUUGGUCCCCUGCUCCGAGAGCCUGCAGUCCAUCGCCUUGGAUGAACAUCUCUCAGAAGAAAAGUGUAGGGUGACGGCGCUGUGCGCGCUGCGCGGGGAGCUGUACGUGGGCACGGCCUGGGGCUGUGUGAUCGUGGCCGACGCGGCCUCGCUGCGGCCCCUCACCGUCUUCAGACCCUACGAGGAGGAUGUCAGUGUUAUAAUACCUCUGCAUCCUCACAAGGAAGGCGAGUGCGCCAUGAUGGCCACCUUCGGCCACGGGUAUAGGCCACUCCUGCAGCGUCUUCCCACACUACAAACACUUAUAACGGUUACUAUUGUCUUCUGUGGAGAGCCCAGCACUGGCUUCCCGACUGAGCGACUUCAACCCCAGCGCUGGACAAAAUCUUCUGUGAAGAACACGACUAUAUCACUAGUGCUUUAA